AUCUUUGAGAAGCAGGAGCAUCUCUUUAUCUUAGGGGGAGACUGGAGCGUUGUGAUCAAAGGAUGGAGGGCUCUGGCUGGCAAGAUGUUGAAAAGCCUCCUGGAAGCCAAGUGUAUGAGGUGAUGGUGGUCCAAAACGCCACAGCCCCUCACAACUAUCCCUUUGCAGACGUUGCCCUGCUGCAAACCUUCAAGCCGCUUAUCAUUCCCUGUUACGUUCUUGUGGUGCUGGUGGGUGUCUUUGGAAACUACCUUCUGAUCUACGUCAUCUGCCGCUCCAGGAAGAUGCACAACGUCACCAACUUCUUCAUCGGCAACCUGGCCUUCUCAGACAUGCUGAUGUGUGUGAGCUGUGUCCCCUUCACGCUGGCCUAUGCCUUCAGUCCUCACGGGUGGACGUUCGGCCGCUUCAUGUGCUACCUGGUGUUCCUGAUCCAGCCCGUCACUGUAUACGUGUCCGUUUUCACUCUCACGGCUAUUGCAGUCGACAGGUACUACGCUACAGUGCACCCUUUGAAGAAGCGAAUCUCAAUGGCUGCCUGCGCUUAUGUGUUGUCUGGGAUCUGGCUGCUGUCGUGUGUGCUGGUCGCCCCCGCUGUGGCCCACACGUAUCAUGUGGAGUUCAGAGAGGAGGGUCUGACCAUCUGUGAGGAGUUCUGGUUGGGCCAGGAGACCCAGCGACUGGUGUACGCCUACAGCACGCUACUACUGACCUACAUCCUGCCUUUAUCUGCAGUCUGCGUCUCUUACCUCUGCAUCUCGGUCAAACUCCGCAACUGCGUGGCCCCCGGACACCGAACACGUGACCAGGCCGAGGCCCAGCGGGCGCGCAAGCGGAAGAUCUUCAGGCUGGUGUCUCUAGUGGUGGCUGCGUUCGGAGUCUGCUGGCUGCCCAUCCACGUGUUCAAUGUCCUGCGCGACAUCGACAUCCGCCUCAUCAACAAGCGCCAUUUCCUGCUGAUCCAGCUGCUGUGUCAUCUGUGCGCUAUGAGCUCGUCCUGCUGCAACCCGUUCCUGUACGCCUGGCUCCACGACCGUUUCCGCGCAGAGCUGCGCAAGAUGUUCACCUGCCACCGUCGCAUCGGCAUACCGGCCAACCACUGCGCCACAGCGAGCGUCGUGCUAUGAUGCCACUCAUGGCUUCAGAAAGGCUGAAAACACUAAGUGCUAUUUAAGAUCUAAAUGGCCCACAAAAUGUAAAUACAGUAAAUGUCUGGGUCCAAACAGAUGAAUGGAAACCCUUGGAUAAUUGAGGGACUGCAAAUGCUAACAUGAAUGAUUCGUUAUCAUUUACAGUACUGAGAUGAUUCAUUAUUUAUUGAAAUAAAAAGGGUGAUUGUAACCUUCAUGUUGGGCUUUUCUCAGAGUGCUCAAAAAUCAGACGAGCUUGAAAGGUUCCUCACAGCGAUGCCAUAGAAGAACCAUUUUUGGUUCCCCCAGAACCAUCUCUUUCUUACAUUUUUCUUGCGAAGAAGAAUCUUCUUUCGCAAGAAAGAACCUUUUGUGUAACAGAAAGGUUCUUCAGAUGUUAAAGGAUCUUUAUGGAGACAGAAAGGGUCUUCCAUGACAUCGUGAAGCACCUUUAUUUUAAGAGUGUACAUGAAGUGACAUUUGCAAUUUAGCUUCUGUUUUAUGAGUAAAAUGAUGUGAAAUAAAAAGGACGGGAGUUAAUUUUAUCCAUCAGGAACUAAAUGGAUGGUGAGAAGUGUCUCUAUAUGUGAAAGAUGGAGAUGUUGGUGAAAAGGAAUUGAAGGGUCUGACCAAGACCAUCCGUUUUGCUGAAAGUAUACAAAGAAAUUACAUAAGAAAUGUUUUCUUUGGAAUCAUGCAGAAUAAAUCCAGAAACUUGUUUUAAACAAGUAAACAGGG